UUGCGUUUGAGCUCUUGGAGCUUUUUGGUGUGUUUGCGCUUCUUUUUUUCGAAAAAAGAAAUUUUUAUAUAAAAUUUCACUUUUUUAUAUAUAUUAUAAUAACAACUACAACAACAAAAAACAAAAUUUUCUUUACUUAUAUAUAGAAAAAUAAAAUAUCAAACUUUAAUUUGAUGACAACAACAAAAAAGCUAAAGCCAGCAAGCAAGCAACAACAAAUACCAAACUAUUUAUUCCUAAAAGAAACCAUACAAGUGUAAAAAAAGAGCAUAUUGAAAAGCAAAAAACAAAACAAACACAACAUACCAAAAUAUAGAAAAGAAAAAAAAUAAUAAAAAACCACCUUAACCCUCCUCUUCUAAACUAAAAAAAAAAAACAAGAAAGAUAAAGGAAAAACUAAUAAAAACACAGAUAGCAAAGAAAACCAAAAAAAGGAACAUAUACACAAUUUCUCUCCCUCUUUCUCACUCUGUCACUAUCUGUCUAAUAUUCUUCUUUGUUCAAGAAGAAGAAGAACAAACGAAAAAAAAGAACUAAAAUAAUUUCAUUUUGUUUUGUUUUAAUUUUUAAAUUGACGUAAUACACUCAGGACUAAAAAGUAGUGACCAAUAAAUAAAAAAAACUAAAUUAUUUAAAACUUAAUAAAUAAACAAAUAAUAAUAAUAAUAAAUUAUAUAAAGAAAACAACCUAAAAAAAACAAUAAAACAAAAACUUCAAAAAGAACAACAACGACACACGAAGUUGUCGUCGUCGUCAUCGUCGCACCUCCUUUUAACAUCCAAAAUAAGUUUAAACGGGAUAACAACAGCUACAAACUGAGAUCGUCAACAUGGAUGACGAUCAGCAAUUCUGUUUAAGAUGGAACAACCAUCAGAGUACACUGAUCAGUGUAUUCGAUACUCUGUUGGAAAAUGAAACACUUGUCGAUUGUACAUUGGCGGCUGAGGGUAAAUUUUUGAAAGCACACAAAGUUGUCCUAUCAGCGUGUAGUCCUUAUUUUGCGACCCUUUUACAAGAGCAAUAUGAUAAACAUCCGAUAUUUAUAUUGAAAGAUGUUAAAUAUCAAGAGCUGAGAGCCAUGAUGGAUUAUAUGUAUCGUGGUGAGGUUAAUAUCUCGCAAGAUCAAUUGGCAGCUUUGCUUAAGGCUGCAGAAUCUCUACAAAUCAAGGGUUUGUCAGAUAAUCGCUCAGGUGGUGGUACAACAGCUCCCAAGCCAGAACAUCAUAGGGCCACAAUGCCCACGGGUAAAUUAUCGGCGGGCUAUACAUUGGAACAAACCAAAAGAGCCCGCAUAGCCGGUCCCGCUGAGCCUGAAAUGGGCUCACGAGAGGGUUCAUCUAGUCCUUCAAGAAGACGCCGAAAAGUGAGACGCAGGAGCAUUGAAAAUGCCAUGACUGAUGUCCAUGAUAAUUCCAAUUCAUCACAACAACAAACACAAUCGAAUGCUUCUGGUUUAGGAGCCAUAACAGCUGCGGCCUCAGCUUUAGCUGCUGCCGCUGCUGCUGCUCCCAAUACACAAUCGUUAGCAACAAAUGUCCCUCUAUCCGCUUCAACAUCCUCCUCAACCGCUGUUACAGCAACCGGCACGACCUUAAGCUCCUCCAAAAAGACUGACAUUGUUAAAGGAACCACUCAACAACAAACACAACAACAACAAGAUGCCAUGAAUACCGAAAAUGUACAAGGUCCUGCCUCUGCUGCAACAGCAACUGGUUCACUCGAUACGGAAACAACUGAUAACGCUAAUAUUGCCGCCGCCGCCUCAACAGCCACUGACAAAUCGAAUCAUAAACAACUGCAACAACAACUUAAACAAGCUAAAGAAUCGAUUAGUGGUGGUGCUGCUGCUGGUGUAUCAGGUGCUGGCUCUGCAUCAGAACUUGUAAUUGAACCCAAAGCUGAAUACGAUGAUGAGGCCAACGAUGAACCUGUUGAGGAUUUGACAUUAGAUGAAGAGGAUAUGGGCAUGGAUGAUUUGGAUCAAAAUGCUGGAACAAGUCAAGGUGGUGAAGGAUCUAGUCAAGGAUAUGCACCCUGGCAACAUGAUAGAUCUCAGGAUGAAUUAUUAUUGGCAACACAAGAAGCACAGCAACGGGAUCCUCAAGUUAAACAUGAUAAGUCCGAACAGACCGAUAUUAAUCCGGAUGAUUUUGAAUUGGAUGAUUGUCUCUUGGAGAGUAAUGAUAUUGUUAUUACCCAAAAUAAAGAUGGUUUCAUAUUGCAUGUUAAGAAAUUGGGUAAUAUAACAACGGCCAAGCUAUCGUCACAGGAUGAAGAUCAAGUAGCAGCAGCGGCUGUUGCUGCCGCUACUGGGGGACAUGUACAGCAGCAGUCAUCUGCUCAAAUUACCGAAAUCCAAGAAGUUCAAGAUGUUAAGCCUACAUUUACUACUCUAACAACGAGUCCAGCGAUAAAAUUACCCUCCUCGGAAUGUGAAUUGAUCAACUUAAAGAAAAUCAUACCAGCAUCCACAACAAUAUCCACACAUCAUCCACAUGCCACCAUUAUACAGACCCAACAAAUACAACCGGCUCAAUUGCAACAUCAACAACAUCAUCAACAGCAAACCCAACAAUUGCAUGAAAUUAUACAUCAACAUCAGCAGCAACAACAACAAGAAACCCAACAACAGCAGCAGCAGCAUCAUCAACAACAUCACCAGCACCAGCAGCAACAACAACAUCAUCAACAGCCACAGCAACAACAACAGCAGCAGCAGCAGCAUCAUCAUCAAUUACAACAUCAUCCCCAAGUACAAAGUAUUGUUACCACCACACCCACAGCAUCUGGAGCCCAUUCACAAACCAUCAAUCUAAUGGGUUUACGCAAUGUACAAUUAACCGAUCAAAAACCCUUGGUCUCACGUAUUAAAUAUUCUCGAGGUAAAAUCAUAACACCCGCCACCGGUAGUGUACAAAUUGUACAAACACACGAUCCACAAACUCAUGAAAUCACCGAUGGCACUAAAUAUGAAAUCAGUGAAAUUGAUUUGAAUAAUCCUCAGACUUCGGCGGCGAUCAUUAGUGAUUUGGUGAAAUAUGCCGAAAUAGAUGAUAUAGAGCUGCCGGAUGGUACAAAAAUCGGUAUAGGUUUUGCACCCACCGAAAUUACCGAACAUAUGCAGUCGGCGGGUACGACGGCCCAAAUUACCACACUCGAACAAGAUCCAAAUACGCAACAACAUCAUCAAAUGCAAACGCAUCAGAUGACGCAACAGCAUCAUCAGUUGCAAGCUCAAGUUCAUCAUAUACAAGCCUCACCACAGCAUCAACAUGCGCAGCAUCAUAUAGUACAACAGCAUCAGCAACAGACCACAACACAUGUUGUACAUCAUCAGCAAUUGCAUUUACAAGAACAAGAUGAUAACACCACCAGUGUGGAGGCCAUACUGCCCGAUGGCAUAACCGUGCAUGAACAGCCCACUAUAACCAAAAGCUAUACCAUCUUAACGGCAAGACCACUUAAAACCGAAUCAUCACAUGACCUCAGUGAAUUAACACAUCCCUCGGCCACCACCUAUGAACUAUCGCUAAGUGAUUCUUCGCUGGGUCCCAACGAUGAACGGGGCGAUGAAUCGAAAUAUGUUUGCCGUCAUUGUGGCAAGAAAUAUCGUUGGAAAUCCACCUUAAGACGUCAUGAAAAUGUUGAAUGUGGUGGCAAGGAACCCUGUCAUCCGUGUCCCUACUGUUCGUAUAAGGCUAAACAGCGUGGUAAUUUGGGUGUACAUGUGCGUAAACAUCAUCCGGAUAAACCACAAUUGGAGAGUAAACGUGGACGUAAGAUUUAAGACGGUUAGAAGGAAAUGUAAUGAGUGAAAGAGUGAGUGUGUAAUUGAUAGAUUGUUUAUUUUCACGUGAGUAGAAAAAUUUACUUUUUUUAUUUCUCUUUUUUUAAGUUUCUUUGCAAUUGACUGUCGUCACAACUUUCAUUUUAUAGUUUAAUUUCCUUCAAGGGCUCAAUUAAAAAGGGAAUGAAAAUAUCUGUUUCAUAGAUCAUUAUAAAGUCAGAAAUAGAGAUCAGUCUAUAGUCUUCAGUGUGAACUAUAGAUAGUGUGCAGUGUGAAUUAUAGAUCACUCUAUAGUCUGAACUAUAGAUCGCUUUAUAGUCCGAACUAUAGAUCAG